AUCACUACAUGAAAGAGGUAACUUGCGUUAUUGACGUGAUACAUUGUUUAUUGAAGCAGAGCAACAGUUUGUUACUACUGGAACUAGAGUGUCUAAAACAAAGGGCUAAACAACUGAACACUUUGUUUUAUUCUUCUGUCAAAUAUGCGUCCUAGAGUUCAAGUCAAAUAUGUUACAGAACACACGAACUAUUUAAAAGAAAUGAUACACGUCAUGAAACCUGUGGUUGAAGCUUUGCAAGCUGCUGUAGAAAAAAGUAAGACUUGGUUGGAAGAUAAAAGUGACAACAAAUCUUUGACAUACUGUGAUCUAUGUCAAGAACUUGAAUCAGCUACCUUGAAUAUGUUGGAUAUAGCGGCACAUAUCUUAGACGAAAAUAAAGACAGUGUAGAUGAUGGAAGGUCAUUUCCAUCUCAGUCUACCUCACAAACAACAGCAACAGAAAAAUGUGGCCGUAGGCAGUCAACAUAUCCAGUCCUUAACGAACUUUAUAAACCAUCAGAAAUAUUGAGUCGACUUGAGCAGAUAGAGACAGCCAUAUCUUCUCUACAAGACGUCAAUCGACUUGAGCAGAUAGAGACAGCUAAAUCUUCUCUACAAGACGUUAGUCGACUUGAGCAGAUAGAGACUGCCAUAUCUUCUCUACAAGACGUUAGUCGACUUGUGCAGAUAGAGACAGCCAUAUCUUCUCUACAAGACGUUAGUCGACUUGAGCAGAUAGAGACAGCCGUAUCUUCUCUACAAGACGUCAAUCGACUUGAGCAGAUAGAGACUGCCAUAUCUUCUCUACAAGACGUUAGUCGACUUGAGCAGAUAGAGACUGCCAUAUCUUCUCUACAAGACGUUAGUCGACUUGUGCAGAUAGAGACAGCCAUAUCUUCUCUACAAGACGUUAGUCGACUUGAGCAGAUAGAGACAGCCGUAUCUUCUCUACAAGACGUCAAUCGACUUGAGCAGAUAGAGACAGCCAUAUCUUCUCUACAAGAUGUCAAUGACAAGUCUACAAAUGACAUAUCAGAAAUAAAACAAUGGAGAGACAACUUAGUAACAGAAAAGAGUGACAUGGGGGUAAACAUUGAACAACUGACUAAAAUACAAAAACAGAAUUUUAAAAACCUCAGAAAACAAAUGACUGAACAAAAUAACAAAGUAAAGGAGCUGAACAAAGAAAUUGAAAGUUUAAAAGAAAAAGAACCCAAGUCAAACAAAACACUAGAGAAACUGUCUCUAGAUAUGAAAGAUUAUGAAAACAACUUACACAAAAUAACUAAAGAGAUGCAAAAUCACACAGAUGAAACAGAAAGUAAAAUACAAGAAAUAAAAAGCUAUUCUGAUUUAAUUGUUUCUUUACAAGAGGAUUAUAAUAAAAUUAUGGCAAAUGUAUCAACCAAAUUUGAGAAGUUACAAUUAAAGCACAACCUGAUGUACCAACUCCUACAGCAAAAAUUGAUGCCCAUUGACAGAUUGUUUCAAAUAUUUAACAAGGACUUAGUAGCUAGAGAAAAAAGAUCAAAGAAACUGGAAACUAUGGAAAAUGUUAUGUCAAAAUUGACGAUGGAUUUCAAUGUAAUCGAGUCGCGGGUAUGUAACAGAUAUGCUUGCAUUGCACAGCUUGCUAAUCCCACACCUCUCAGUGAUAGAUCAAUUAUUUCAACAUUUAGUGAAGUACGUGAAUUUAACGGUCAACAUUUUAACCAAACAACAGGGAAAUUUGUAUCACCAAAUGAUGGUUUAUAUCUUGUCUGUGUAACUCUACAUGAAUGUGAACAUAAACUGAUUGGCGUUACUGUGAUGACUGGCGGCAGGUUGUGUGCAGUUAUAGAUGUUAAAUCUAAUAGAACUAGCGCUGCUGGGUCAGUGAUUGUCGACAUGAAAAAAGGGGAAGAACUUUUCUUUAAAGUGUAUGCAGCAGAUCAUGGCGCAAUGUUAUCCAGCUUCAGUAGUUUUACUAUUGUUAGUUUAUAGAUGCACAUCAUUAAACAUGGUGGUUGGGAAAUUAUUUUAAAAAAAACGUAUGUCUAAAAACUAAAUUUGUAAACCCACGUUAUAAACUUCUAAGUUCAGGUCAACUAAUGGUCUAUGUUUACCAUACACAUUUCUAACCAGUCCAAUCAACAUCUAUGUGUUUUAUUAGACUACUCUCUUCUUACCUAUUUAACUUUGAACACAAUAUGAUAACUCUGGCUUAAUGCGGAUAACUUAAAUUACGUUUUAUCUUUGUAUCAACAUGGAUCUUUCACCUAAAACAGAAACCAAACAUGAAAUAUAAUGUACAGUGAUUUAUUAAAAGUAUCAUUCACUCUGCUCAUAUACUUACUACAUUUUGUUUUGUUGUUACUUUUUUCCUUAAUUUUUAUCUUAUUAUCAAAAUUCAAUAUAAAUAUGCUUUCAA